AUGUCCCGCAACAGGCCCAGACCCAGGGACAAUGGCUUCGGCAAUAACGAGGAGUUGGAGCUCUGGACCAAGAUCUGUCAGGACAUUCGGAAGUCUAAGGAAAAGUUUGAUCAGCAGAGUUCAUUGUCUGUUCAGAUCAAAGCUUUGAUUGACAAGAUCACCAACGAUGGCAAUACAGAAGCAACCCUGGCCGAACACGAUCAACUUGAUAGCUGGCUACGACAAAGCCAAAAGCUCAGUGAAGAUGAGCGCUCGAUCAUGCAGGACGAGCCGUGCGAUGUUAUCAAGAAUCUAGAGCUGCUGACAGCAUUGCGAAAAGCGUCCGAAGCUGAGGCUCCGCCUAAUCGAUCUGCGUCUUUUAAUAAAUCCCGCAAAAAGAGAAACGAGGUCGAUGGCUCCGUGACCGAUUCCCCCAGUGGCUCCGGGGCGGAUAAAUCUGCCCGUUCGAAAGGGACUGCGCCGCGCAGCUCAAGUGUCUCUUCCAGUGCCCCCCAACCUCGGGAUGGGGGUCGGCAAGAAAAUAUUAUGGUCAAGAUUGAAGAGUCACCGUCGGAAGGGACCAAGGGCACUAUUGCAGAGCGGAGUGGGAUCUUGCAGGUUGGGAGCGAGGUUGUCUUUAAGCACAAUAAAAAUAAACAGGGAGUCGAGGGCGAGGGGAUUCAAUGCAUAAUUAAGGCCAUCACGGGGGAAGGGCAGAAGAAGCGAUAUGAAGUUCAGGAUCCUGAACCGAAUGAGAAUGGUGAGCACGGUUCUGUAUACAAAACGACUGCUGUCUCUCUCAUCCCCAUCCCCAAGUUGGUUGGUAACUUGACUGCGUAUACCGCGGGCAAGCAGGUUCUCGCGAGAUAUCCUGAUACCACCACUUUCUACCGGGCUGAGGUAAUGGGGUCGAGAAAGGAUGUCUACCGUCUCAAAUUCGAAGGCGAGGAGGACGAUAAGGAGAUGGAAGUCGACCGACGAUUUGUGUUGGAUAUUCCGGGCAAAUGA